GGAGCUUCUGCCUUAGAGAGAGCGAGAGAGGAAGCGAAGAUGGUGUGCGAGAAGUGUGAGAAGAAGCUGUCGAAGGUGAUAGUUCCUGAUAAGUGGAAGGAAGGAGCCAGCAACAUCACCGAGGGCGGUGGCCGCAAGAUCAACGAGAACAAGCUCCUCUCCAAGAAGUCCAGGUGGACUCCUUAUGGAAAUACAAAAUGCAUUAUUUGCAAGCAGCAAGUGCAUCAAGAUGCCAAAUACUGUCAUACCUGUGCAUACACAAAAGGGGUUUGUGCAAUGUGCGGCAAGCAAGUACUCGAUACCAAGAUAUAUAAACAAAGCAAUGUGUAAUAGAACCGUGUUGAUCUUCUCCUUAGGAUGUCAUGACCAGUAGCGCCAAUUUCUUGCAUGACUUCUAAUUAUUGCUUGAUUAGAAGCUUGCAAAAUUUGUGAA